AUGUGUUUCAAUAAGCUAUUGACAUUUAUACUAGCAAUUUUUAGGCUUUUUAAUCUAGCGACGCAAUGCAUUGCAGAAUCAAACUCACCCAUUGUUGGACCACGGCAUGCUUUACCUGAAUUGUCAUUCGCAACAUCUAACGGCGAGGUUUCUUGUAUAGUGGAAUUGUCGUUGGUUGGGUUGUUAGCUGGGUUAGUAGUUGUCCCAACCACAGGAGUUGACAAAUGGAUCUAUGAACACGCAAGCGACUGUUUGGUUUGGACAGCAAACGAGAUAACGGCCAACAUUGAUCAUGGCCCACGGCAGGAACGCUGGUACGAGAUCACCGACGGCGAAGCAUCGGUCAUAGAUGAUAACAACAUACCACGGUAAGCACUUAACAUUAUUAGCUGCAUUGCUCUGCUCAAAUACAAACUAUGGUGCUUCCCAUAUGCGUCACGGGUAACUAGCUGAUAUAGUAAUCUGAUUAAUUAUAAAAAACAUUUCCCUUCAUUAUUAGAUCCCUUUUCGACUCAACGGUUGUAAAAAACAUCAGUUAUCAAGAUCUGAGAGAAAUGGCAGUAGAACCAAACGUGUCGAGGUCGAACCCAGCAGACUCCUGCGCAGUCCAUCGCUCUUUUGUACGGGAUGGAGAGCAGGAACGAAUUGCAGUGCCGAGAUACCUCCGCCGAAGCUUCCAGUUGCCAUCAUCUUCGUCAGCAUUGUCGGACGAGGAGAAUAAUCACUGUCCUUUGGAAUUAUGUAAGCCUCCAACACAUGACGAGGCAGAGCCGUCCCAGAAAUAUCAAAAGACACAAGGAGAAGAAGAGGAGGAGGAAGAACAGGUUUCAUCACCUGAAGAUGUUUUCCAAAUAAUUUCGACACAGACGGGUUGGGUUAUGAAUGACGACAAGUACAUGUACAAAGUAUACGAGCACAUUAGAUGGCGGUAAGCAAGCAUCUUGCAUACGUGUCCACGUUACUUUAAGUUUUUCUAUGUAAAUUUCAUUGACUUUUAGCAAGGAUUUUAAAUAACUAAACUUUAUCUAAAAGCACGCGUUUGCUUCUCCUUUUACACAAAAAAAGAGCCACAUGCUCUAUUUUAUCCAGCCCCAAUUUCUACAGAUGUCUUCAAAUAGCCUCACUAUUUUUCUCACUGCAACAUUCACACAUUUGGGUUAAUCUUAGAUUUUCUGCCCACGAUCUCGAUUUCUGCCCUGCCAAAAUAACAGUGAACAACAUCUUAAAUCUUAACGUUCAUUUUAGAUGUCCUGCAGAACAACUACCUCAGCGGCCCAUAUUGGCGUUCUGUACAAGACGUGAUGCUGCGAAACGCGAAGAAAAAGAUGUUUUCACCAAGCCCGACCCCUACAUCGACGCAUAG